ACUGUCAUAACUAAAUUAUGAUGUUGUCGUUAACAUUUUAACUUUAUAUAUAGUUAUUAUGUGCUUCCUGCUUAUGCGGAAGUGACGAACUUGUGUAUGACGCGUAUGAAGUAGUGCAAAACAAGCACAUGUGAGAGCUGCAUGGUGAGAAACGCACAAUUACUUCAAACACACUUCUCUGUCGACCUCGACUUCGGGCGUUGAGUAUGAGUGACCCGGGACACUAUCCUCCGCCGGACUUCGGCUGCCCCCCUCCGAGCUCUAUCCAGCCCUUCCAGUACCAACAGCAGCCGCACUCCAGCGGUUUCCACCCCAGCAUGUGGAGCUGGGGCGAGACGCACUCCGAGUCCAGCUGGGACCACAGGGGCCAGGCGGGAUGGCAUCACGGUCCAGCGGCAGGGUUUGGUUUCCCAUCAGGCCGUGGAAGCUAUGAACCUAAACGUCCAUACGGUCAAAACUAUGGUCGUGAAUGGCAUCAAGGAGGACAUCAAGGCGGAAGACAGAAUUAUGGGCCCCCCAACAAUCAUGGGAAAAAGAAAAAUAAGAAGGAACCAGAGUAUUCCCACUUUUGUGACACAUGUGACCGAGGCUUCAAAAACCAGGACAAAUACGACGAACACAUUUCUCAACAUGUCAAGUGUUCUGUGCCCGACUGCACCUUCAUGGCUCAUGAAAAAAUAGUCAGCAUCCACUGGAAAAAUAACCACGCACCAGGAGCUAAAAGAAUCAAGCUGGACACACCAGAAGAGAUUACAAAAUGGAGAGAGGAGAGGCGCAAAAACUACCCAACACUUCAGAAUAUGGAAAGGAAGCAAAAAGUGAUGGCAGUACGGGAGGAGACAGGAGCUGUUCUAGAGACAGCUCAGUUUGGACGAAUGAGAGGCAGAGGACGAGGUCGUGGCUGGGGUAACAGAGGGUUUCGUGGGCGACACCAGCGAGGCCCUCACCCAUCAGACAGCAACGCUACAGGGAGACCGCCAUUCCUCACCCAGCCCUGCAGUGACGGGGAUCCACUGGGAGCGCUGGCCAGCAGUGACCAUGAUUCUGACAGAGAGGACCCGGCUGCUGAGUCCGGGGCUAGUGGUCUGGUUGUGGCUCCCAAACAGAUGAGCUCAGCUCUGGGCUCCCUGGUGGCUAACUACGGCUCCAUGAGCGAGAGUGAAAGUGAUGAGGGACCAGAGUGUAAGUUUGUCACCAUCCUCCACCUGCUACAGAACAGAAUGUACAUGGGUGCUACAUCUAUCGGGACGAUCUGUGGGUACCACUCCCCACCGGUAUAUGAUGUUUCGAAAUGAUAUAUGCCAUUGCUA